UCCAUAUUGAUUGCAUGCUUUUGAUUGGAAACUGCGUGAAGUAAGAUGAAACAUUUGUAGUGUUGAUUUCACCAUCUUUAUCGUAAUGGCAUUGCUACUUGCAAGACAUCAUAACUGUUUACUGAAAACCUUCAUCGCAAAUUGCUCGCUACUUACGAAAACCGCUGGAAUUUCUAGUAUCCGGGGUCUGACAGUAGCAUCUAGCAAAAAGAUCUCCCAGGAUCUCUGUAGGAAUUCCACCCUAUUGUUCAAGAACAGGUUACUGUUAUUUCCAAGAUGCAUCAUUCAAACGGAAAGCAGUGCUAUUUGGGGACUGAAAAUAAACAAUUUUUUCAGUACAGGGAAUGAACUUAAGCGUCAAUCACAUAAAAUCAAGGGCAAAAACAAAGAAUUCAAAAGUUUAUUUGAUCUUGACACUGAUGUAAAAAAUGAUGUACUUCUUUUUAGUUGCCAUAAAAGAGAUGCAUUUUAUACGUUUUUCUCUUGGUUUGGCCUAAUAUUUUUCUGCAUGGCAAUAGCCGUAGGAGAAAUGGCCUGGACAUUAUUUGGUGCACUCCCAGUUGAAACUGAAGAGGAAAAGCAACAGGCCUGGUAUAACAGAUUCUCCCUUCGGAACAAAGUUUUGCGAUACACAUUCAUGGUGUUGAUAGUUUUAGUAGGCUUCAUGGGAGUUGCUUUAGGAUUCAUGGUUCCGAUGAGAACAGUUCGAGAGAUUUAUUUGAUGACUGGAGGAAAAAUGGGUCGCAUCAUAACAUUCGGUCCUUUCGGGAAAAAUAUGACAAUAGAACAACCACUAUCUGACAUUGUACCUUUGCAUAGCCGUACUGAGCACAAGUCCAACAUGAUGAUAAAAGUUAUUGGUUACAGAGGUUUCUUUACAUGCGACAUUGGGCAUGGAAUUUUUCAUGAAGAGCAGUUAUAUGACUUUACAGUGGGGUCAAAAAACACAUUAUAAAAAACAUCUUUGACUUAAUUUGCACUUGUGAAAUUUUGAGAAAUUGAUACCUUAUAAAUGUCUUGAUUGAAGCAGAAAAUAUUGUUUGUUUGUACUUAACUUAAAACAUCAUGUUGACAAAGACACAGAUAAAAAUAACUGCUUAAUGCUAAGAGUUUGGUGGAUUUUAAUUUGUUUAAUGUACAUGUACACAUAUUGUGCAAAUAUAAGCACAUGAAAACCUAUGACUCUCUUAAUAAAAGGACUUUUCAAGUGGUAAUGUCUGAUGCUUUUAAAAUGUGUGAAAAUACAACUUGUUAUUUAUAUUUCAUUAGAUUUAUAUAAAACAAUUCAGGCUGUUUAAUAGUUUUUUUGGUAAUUUUUCUAGAUUGUUUUCAUUUUCUCUAAUUCCUGAUUAUUUAUAUUGUUGAUCUAUAUAUACAUUCUUGGUGUCAUUAGAUUGAAACAUGAAAUAACCGUGAGUUUAGGAACAUUUUUUUCAGUCAAUGAAUACAUUUGAUGGAGAAAAACUAUUUAGAUUCCUUUAAUAUAAACAUAUUGUGCACCAUAUCAAGAAGAGGCCCUGUGGCCUGUAUCACUCUCCUAUUCUUCAGCAUGCAGGGUUUGAAAUGAGCACUUUAUAACUGGCAAAAUAUUGGAUAAAUUGCAAGAAAUGCUAGUUAAAAUUAAAUAGUACCAAAUUAUUGCUAGUAUGCUUUCCCUGACAAUCUGUUCAUAUAUAUGAUACACAAGCAUAAAUACUGUAGUGAAAAUAUUAGUGAAAAAUGGAUACCAGCAUUAGAAAUUAUGAUUUUAUAAUUAAUGAAUUCUUUCUGAGAAGUGGUGUGAUUCCUGUAUUUUCUCUACUCAACUUUGUAUUUAAAUCAAUAAAAAAAAAAACUGCUUUUCAAUUUUGCGAAUUCAAAAUUUCAUUUUGCUAGAGGAAAUUUUAGGCACUCUAGUGAUGAAAAGUUAUUUUGACCCCUGGCUAAUGAUGAGAAGAUUUUAUUCUUGUGAUUUUCAAAGUUGAUUUAUGUUGAUAUUGAUCUUAAGAUAAACACUCUUGUCUUUCUAGUAUUCUAUUAAUUGGUACACAAUUUCUUGACCCAAAGCUUCUUCGUCAUUCAGAGGAAAUUAGUUUGACCCAUGUGACAAUACAAUAAUUUAAUCACAAAGUAGAUCAUGGGCAUUUUAAAGUGGUCUAUCCCAGCAUGCUACUUGCCCUGAUGUAAUUGUAAGCUUUAGUGUUAUGCACUUACUCUUGAAACUAUUCAAAUAAUUUUAAACUUAUACAUGUACUUAAUAAUCACUCUUGUUCAAAUGCAUGGAUUUUAACAUGUAAAGAAACCAGAGAAAGAUAUUAAACAAAUGAAGACUCUAG